GUGAGGGGAAGAUGGCGGCCGCAAGUGUCGUGGUUCCCGUAGAGUGGAUAAAGAACUGGGAGAAAUCAGGGAGAGGCGAAUUUUUGGAGCCCGGCGCCUCCUCUGCCCGAAGUCCGAACCGUCCCGGACUCCCUCCCCUCCUCUCCGCCCGCCGCCGCGAAGCCCGGGGCGUCGGGAAGAACCCCGCUUGGCACCUCUCGUCCUCCCCGGGAGCGGUCUCUCGGACUGUCCCGGCCUUGCGCGGCGCCGCUGCCCGUGGGCGAAGUGUAGCAAGGAUUGCCGCUUUCCCCGAAGACCUACCGGCGUUUCUUUGCUCCGUCUUUUCACCUUAGAGACGUUUCGGUUUGCAUUUAUGCCGGAUCCUCAGUGAAAAUAAAAGCCAUGAUAGUUCAACUUAUAGAGGUAAGACUUUUAAAAGUAUCAUGGGACUUCCCUGGUGGCGCAGUGGUUAAGAAUCCUCCUGCCAAUGCAGGGGGCAUGGGCUUGAUCCCUGGUCCGGGAAGAUCCCACAUGCCAUGGAGCAACUAAGCCCGUGUGCCACAACUACUGAGCCUGCGCUCUAGAGCCCGUGAGCCACAACUACUGAAGCCCGCGCACCCUACCACCUGUGCACCACAACUGCUGAGCCCACGUGCAACAACUACUGAAGCCUGCGCAGUCUAGGGCCUGUGUGCUGCAACUACUGAGCCUGCGUGCUAUAGCUACUGAAGCCUGCGUGCCUAGAUCCCGUGCUCCGCAACAAGAGGAGCCACCACAAUGAGAAGCCCGUGCACCCCCAUGAAGAGUAGCCCCCUCUUGCCACAGCUAGAGAGGAAGCCCGCGCGCUGCAACAAAGACCCAACGCAGCCCCAAAGAUAAAUAAAUAAAAGUAUCAUAGCUAUUAUUUUUGGCUUGGUCAAAAUUAAUAAAUAUCCUGUUUUUCAUUAAAUUUUAUGAAUAAAAGCAAAAGGUCUAAGAUACUCACAUUAUAUAAAGCUUUUAUAUGAAUAUAUUAGAAUUGAGAUUAAAGCUAUAGUUAUAGUAAGACUAUAUAUCUCUGUAUAUGGUUGUCUUUUGACCUGCAUAAUAGUCAUAUAAUAUUGCUUGGCUUUUAUAAUUGUAACAUGGUAUAUUUACCUACAUUUCAGCAGUUGCUAGCUGUAGUAAAACUUACACAGGCUAGGUAUCAAUCAUAAACAGAAGAGAAGAGCUAGCACGGAAAAAAAAAACCUAUUCUGAUCUUUUUUGCACUAGGAAACUUCCAGAAACUGAGGUUCAGUGUUUUUACUAAAGCUGGUUAUGUUUAGGUGGUAUCUGGGGAUCUUGUUAAAGGUAGUGUCAUGGAAAACAUUAAAAGGAAUGGAGUUGUUUACUACUGCAUAUCACAAAUAUGGCAUAUGAAGUAAAAUGUUAUUAAACAGGGUGUAAAUUUUUAGUUAUGUUAAUUUUAAAGGAUUUGCUAUUUAACUUUCAUUAAUUUAAAAUUAGGUAUAUGGAUUUAGAAAAGGAGGGGCAAAAACAAAAGCAGUAAUGCCCAGUAAGUUUAAAGCAUUUUCAUAUGUAGCUUUCGUUGGGGAGAGAACCCAUAACAUUUUUUUUCAAAUCUGGAAAAAUAAUUUAUAGUCAAUAUUGUAUUUUAAAUAAAAAAUUAUUAGAUAAUUUUCUGUAGAUAAGUUUACUUUUAUCAAAAAUUAAAUAUUACCUUAAUAUGAGAAUAUAUACUUUUUGAGGAACAUUUGGGUUUCUGAAUAGAAAGCAUUUUUAAACAAAUGAGUAAGCCAUUUUUCUUUCUGUCAUUUGGGUAAGACUUGUUAACAUUCCUAGUCCAAUCCCCAAAGUUAUUUUCCAAUCAUCCUGCUUUUAAAAUUGCAUGAUCAUUCCUUUGACCUCUGCUGACUCGGCCGCUGCCACCUCCUGGGAAGAGAGGAAGUGGGAGAGGAGCCCUAGUCGCUUGUCACCCAAGUCGUCCAGCCGUGCUGCCCCGAAGAGUGCAAGAUGUUCGCCUGCGCCAAGCUCACCUGCACCCCAGUUCUGAUCCGAGCUGGAUCCAGAGUUGCAUACAGACCAAUUUCUUCAUCAGUGUUAUCUCGACCAGAGGCUAGGACUGGAGAGAGCUCUACGGUAUUUAAUGGGGCCCAGAAUGGUGUGUCUCAGUUAAUCCAAAGGGAGUUCCAGACCAGUGCAGUCAGCAGAGACAUUGAUACUGCGGCCAAAUUUAUAGGUGCAGGUGCUGCAACAGUAGGAGUGACUGGUUCUGGUGCUGGUAUUGGCACAGUCUUCGGCAGCCUCGUCAUUGGUUACGCCAGAAACCCUUCGCUGAAACAGCAGCUGUUCUCAUAUGCUAUCCUGGGAUUUGCCUUGUCUGAAGCUAUGGGUCUCUUUUGUUUGAUGGUUGCUUUCUUGAUUUUGUUUGCCGUGUAACAAAUUACUGCUUGAAAUGUUGGCAUUCAUGUUAAUUACGGAUGUAAUUCUGUGUAUCUUACUGUGACUCCAAAAACUGUAGCAUUGGUGUCAUAAAAAUGUACGUUAUUUCCAAAGUCAUUAAAGAUGAAAACUUUAAUUUUUGCUGUGAUCUGUACUUACCUAAAUUUAAAUUUAUAUCAUCACAAAGAAGAACAUGUAUUCAGGCAGAGGCUGUACAAGUCAGAGGAAACUACUGCAGUUGCCCUGGUGAUGGAAAAGAUCCUAAUGUAAUUUUUAUGGGAAUUCUUUUAUAUAGUGUUCUGAACAUUGUAAAUUACAGGGCUUUUGUUUAUUCAUGUAAAGGGGAAAUGUUUGAGUGCUCUGAGCUUCUAUGAAAUAUGAUUAAUUAAAUUGAGAUAUUGCUCAAAAAAUAAAAAAUAAAAAAAUAAAA